AAAAAAAGACCACAAAAUGACGGCUUGACUUUCAGCACUCUACAUUUAUUAAUAUACAAUUUGUCUGAGUUACAUAGGGGGAAUCAUUCUCCAUCGGUUUUUUUUGUAUACGUGCGUACACAUGACGCACGGUGGGACACACAGGUUUACGUCAGGACGUCACAGCACGACACCUCCCCCUCCUCCUCCCCCCUCAGUCUAGCUGGGAAGAAAAAAAAAACUUUUUUGUAUCGGAGGAAUCAACAGCCGCCAUCUUGACGCGGCUCAGAAUCGGGAUUUCGGGGGGAGCAUUAAUUUUAAAAACCGAUCCGAGCCGCUCAGACCGACCUGAAACGGCUUUUUUCGCACAGAAAAUCGAAGUGUAGGUUCUUCCGACGAGGAAUAAUGCCAACAUGUGAGGAUUACACGGGUUUUUAUCGUCUCGAAAGCCCCCUGUAUAUUUGAUUUCCCUUUUAGAGAGCGCCGCUUCUCGCCGUAUCUCCGUCCCGAGACGCUGUAUUUACCGAGAGACAGCGACGAGAAAAAUAAUCCACCUCAUAGAAAAUAUUUUUUGAAUUUUGCUCUUUUUAUUUAAGCCUAAAUCAGAUUUUAUGGCUGCUCGUUUCGACUGCGAAAAAGAUGAUUGUGUACAGACGUGAAAUCGGCGAUCUGUGGAGAAAGGGAUUUUCCUACGCCUGGUCUAUUAUUUUAUGAUUGGUAACUAUUUAUUUUUUUCGAGCUGAAAUAAUUUUUGGACGUAAUUAUUGGGGAUAAUUAUGUGGGUGUUGGGUGUUGGAUUAUCAUGGGGUGAUCUUCGGCGGCGAAGCGUGGCGCUGUUGCCUUUCUUUUGAAACCUUUUUCUCCAGGCAGCAUUUCACCAGUUUGUCAGUCAACGAAGAAAAAAAAAGAACAGUUAAUUUGCUCUUUUGCGCCAUCGUUACGAAAAGUUACCAGUUAUUACAGGACGGAGGCCGACAAGUUGGAUUGUUCCUGCUGUUAUUUUUCUGUAUCAUCAUCUUCUUACAACAUUUGGCGACUAGGAUGGCUGACAAUCUGCUGGAUGUCGGACCCCCCACUGCAAAGCGACCCAAGCUUAAUUCACCUCUCUCUGGAUCAGGAUUAGACGGCCCAGAUCUUGUAUCUCUGUUUGACUUGGAAAACAACCUUCCCGAUGAGCUCAUUCCCAAUGGAGACUUUGGAAUGGGAAUGUCCUCUAACGGUGGCCCAGGUGGAGGGGGUCCUGGUCUCAAUGUUCCUGAUGCAGCCGCCAAACACAAGCAGCUGUCUGAGCUCCUCCGACCAGGAAGUUCUUCAAUCUUGGGAGGACUCAACUCUGCCAGCCCCCAACAGGGAGGCAUGGUGCUAGGCAAUGUGCUUGGUAAAAGUCCACUGGGGCAGGGCUCACCCAAUCACCAGACUCCCCAGGUCCAGAAAGGAGGUGCAGCUGGACAAGGCAAUGGAGCCACAGGCAUGACUUUCAACCAGGCCAUGUUGAACAGUGGGCAGGGUCAUGGGGUCAUGAGCCAGACUGGACAGGUUAUGAACGGGGCUCUUGGACCAGCAGGCCGGGGUAGACCUGGGCCUGGUAUGCAGUAUCAGGGCCAAGGUAUGCAGGGGACACAAGUAGGUGCUGGACCUGCUGUUGGAGGAAGUGUGCUGGCAGAGACUCUCACCCAAGGAGGGCCACAGUUGGGUGCACACAAUGUGUUGAAUGCUCAGCAAGCAGGAAACAUGAACAAGAUGGGAAUGUCAGGAGCUCCCUUUGGCCAGCAGUAUGGUCAGGCUGGAGUUCAGCAGAUGGGGGCAGCGGGGGUCAAUGCCCAACAACUCCAGAACAAGACAACUCUUUCAAACAACCUGCCUCAAUUUCCCGCUGAGCUGAAGGGAGCUGGAACUGUGCCAAACAUGUCCCAGACCCAGCUGCAGCAGCAGGUAGCAUCAGUGGGCAUGGUCCCUGGGGCUGGGGGAGUGUCAGCAGGCCCAACCGCUGACCCUGAGAAGCGCAAACUUAUUCAGCAGCAGCUGGUCCUGCUGCUCCAUGCACAUAAGUGCCAGCGGCGGGAGCAGGCUAAUGGGGAGGUGAGGGCCUGCACUUUGCCACACUGCCGCACCAUGAAGAACGUCCUCAACCACAUGACCCACUGCCAGGCUGGCAAGUCCUGCCAGGUGGCUCACUGUGCAUCAUCCAGACAGAUCAUCUCCCACUGGAAGAACUGUACAAGGCACGACUGUCCGGUCUGCCUGCCUUUAAAAAAUGCAAGUGACAAGAGGAACCAGCAGCCCAUGCUAGGUUCCCCUGGGGCUAGCCUUCAGAAUGCCAUCAAUACAGUUGGACCUGGCCAGUCAAGCGCCACAUCCAUCAACAGCGCUUCCACACACAUCGACCCCAGCUCCAUGCAGAGGGCCUAUGCUGCCUUGGGCCUGCCGUAUGGGAACCAGCCCCCUGGUCAGGUUCAGGGACAGGGUCCGACUCAGCAAAACCCCCAGGCUUCCCAACACCAGCAGCUAAGGAACAUGAACACUCUAGGUUCUAAUCAGAUGAACCAGAUGGCAGGAGGCAUGGGGGUCCCUUCUUCAGACCAGACUGGCAUGCACUCCGACUCCUCUCUACCCCCCACACUCAACAAUCAGCUGAUGCCAGAUGGGUCAGUUGCAGGAGGCAUGGGAAACCUGCCCGCUGCCACCCCUCUCUCUGCUUCGGGGGUAAGGAAGGCCUGGCAUGAGCAUGUCACUCAGGACCUGCGCACCCACCUGGUGCACAAACUAGUACAAGCCAUAUUCCCCACCCCUGACCCCGCAGCACUGAAGGACCGACGAAUGGAGAACCUGGUGGCAUAUGCACGCAAGGUUGAGGGUGACAUGUAUGAGUCCGCGAACAGCAGGGAUGAGUAUUACCACUUCCUGGCAGAAAAAAUUUACAAGAUCCAGAAGGAAUUGGAGGAGAAGCGACGCUCACGGCUUCAGAAACAACCUGGCAUGGUGGGCACAGCCGGGCCGCAGCAACCUGGUAUGGCUCAGCCCAACGUCAUGGGCCCAGGACAGGCUGUCCGACCUCCCAAUGGACCUGUGCCUAUGCCUAACAUGCCAAACCAGAUAAUGAAUCGUAUGCAGGUGCCCCAAGGAAUCAAUCAAUUUAACCCAAUGGUAAUGCAGAAUGCACAGAUGUCUCAGGCACCCAUGGGACCACGUGCUCCCUCUCCCAUGAACCAUCCACAGCAGAUGAACAUGAGCUCUGUUCCCCCGAUGGGCAUGUCACCAUCAAGGAUGCCUCCGACACAAGGAAUGAUGGGUGGUCAUACGAACAACAUGGUUGCUCAGCCAACCAACCAGAGCCAGUUCCAGCCACAGGGCCAGUUUCCUGCAGCUGCAGGUGGAGCAAUGAAUGUGAAUGUAGGCUUGGGCCAGCCUAUAACACAAGCUGCUGUUACACAGCAGCAGCAGAACUCUAACCUCCCUCUGAAUGCACUGGGCUCCCUCGGCCCCCAGCUUCCCUGUGGCCCUGCAGCUCAGCCCACCCUGCGAACAACUCCUCCACCCAAUGCCUCUGCCAGUCUGCAGCCCCAUCAGCAGCAGCUGCAGCAGCAACACCAUGCUCCCCCGCAGGCCCAGGUGCCACCACAGCCCACUACCCCUGCCUCCACGGGUGGGCCCUCCUCCACCCCAACCCACAUACCCAGUAGCCUCCCUGGUCCCCCCUCAGCUAUGGGGACACCGCCUGACCCAUCCCAGCCGCUCACACCCCUUCAACCCCAAACUGAACCCCCCAGCCAGAUGCCACAGCCCACCUCAGUUCAGGCACAGCACCCUAGUACACCGUUGUCCCAGGCAGCAGCCAGUGUUGACAACAGAGUGCCUACCCCAGCUUCUGUGGCUGAGCUGAGCUCCCAGCAGGCCCUACCUGACAUGAGCAGCACUGACAUCAAAUCUGAAGUAAAAGAUGAAGAAGAUGAGGGCAGCUCUGGGAAGAAGCAAGCUGGUGUAAAAAUGGAGCCGAAGGAUGAAACCAAACCCACAGUGGUGAAAAAGGAGGAGCCAGAGGCAGUAGAGACAAAACAGGAACCAAUGGAAACUGAGGAUAAGAAGCCAGAGAUAAAGGCAGAACCCAAAGAAGAGGAAGAAAAUGGGGCUAAUAAUGCAUCAGGUGCCUCCACCCAAAACCGAAAGAAAAUUUUCAAGCCAGAAGAGCUGAGACAAGCCCUGAUGCCGACUCUCGAGGCCCUCUACAGGCAGGACCCAGAGUCACUGCCUUUCCGGCAACCUGUAGACCCCAUGCUACUGGGCAUCCCUGACUACUUUGACAUUGUGAAGAAUCCCAUUGACCUAUCCACUAUCAAACGUAAGCUGGAUACAGGUCAGUACCAGGAGCCUUGGCAAUAUGUGGACGAUGUGUGGCUUAUGUUCAACAACGCCUGGCUGUACAACCGUAAAACGUCCCGCGUCUACAAAUACUGCACCAAACUGGCAGAAGUGUUUGAGGCAGAGAUCGAUCCUGUCAUGCAGGGCCUUGGCUACUGCUGUGGCAGAAAGUAUGAAUUCUCGCCACAGACGCUGUGUUGCUAUGGCAAACAGUUGUGUACCAUCUCCAGGGACGGCACUUACUACAGCUACCAGAACAGGUAUCAUUUCUGUGAGAAGUGCUUCAACGAGAUCCAGGGCAACAGUGUGACCCUGGGCGAUGACCCGGCUCAGUCACAGACCAUGAUUUUAAAAGAUCAAUUUGAAAAGAAGAAAAAUGACAUGUUGGACUCUGAGCCGUUUGUUGAGUGUAAAGACUGUGGACGAAAAAUGCAUCAGAUCUGCGUUUUGCACUAUGACGUCAUUUGGCCAUCGGGCUUUAUCUGUGACAAUUGUCUGAAGAAGUCUGGCAAGACAAGAAAGGAAAACAAGUUUUCAGCCAAACGGUUGCAGACUACAAGGUUGGGGACAUACAUUGAGGACAGAGUGAACAAGUACUUGAAAAGGCAGAACCACCCAGAGGCUGGCGAGGUGUUUGUGCGAGUGGUGGCCAGUUCUGACAAAACCGUGGAGGUUAAGCCUGGUAUGAAGUCAAGGUUUGUAGACUCAGGCGAGAUGUUGGAGAGCUUCCCUUAUAGAACCAAAGCACUUUUUGCAUUCGAGGAAAUCGACGGGGUGGAUGUUUGUUUCUUCGGCAUGCACGUUCAAGAGUAUGGCUCUGAGUGCUCUUUUCCUAAUACCAGACGGGUUUACAUAUCGUACCUUGACAGUAUUCACUUCUUCAAACCACGUUUGCUAAGGACUGCAGUGUACCAUGAGAUCUUAAUAGGUUACCUGGAGUAUGUGAAGAAAUUGGGGUAUGUGACAGGACACAUAUGGGCCUGCCCUCCUAGUGAGGGGGAUGACUACAUUUUCCACUGCCACCCUGCUGACCAGAAGAUCCCCAAGCCCAAGAGGCUCCAAGAGUGGUACAGAAAGAUGCUGGACAAGGCUUUCGCUGAGAGAAUCCUACACGAUUACAAGGACAUAUUCAAACAGGCAACAGAGGACAGACUAACCAGUGCCAACGAGUUGCCGUAUUUUGAGGGUGACUUUUGGCCUAACGUACUGGAGGAGAGCAUCAAGGAGCUGGAGCAAGAGGAGGAGGAGAGGAAGAAGGAGGAGAACACAGCCUCCUGUGAGACAACAGAGGGAGCCCACCCUGACAGCAAGAAUGCCAAAAAAAAGAAUAACAAGAAAACCAACAAAAAUAAGAGCAGCAUCAGCCGAGCCAAUAAGAAAAAACCUGGGAUGCCGAAUGUAGCCAAUGAUCUGUCCCAGAAGCUCUACGCCACAAUGGAGAAACAUAAGGAGGUUUUUUUUGUUAUCCACCUCCAUGCUGGGCCGGUCAUUAACACCCUUCCACCCAUAAUGGAUCCUGACCCUAUGCUGACCUGUGACCUAAUGGAUGGCCGAGAUGCCUUUCUGACUUUGGCCAGGGACAAACACUGGGAGUUCAGCUCUCUGAGAAGAUGCAAGUGGAGCACAAUGUGUAUGUUGGUCGAGCUGCAUAACCAGGGUCAGGACCGCUUUGUGUACACUUGCAAUGAAUGCAAGCACCAUGUGGAGACUCGCUGGCACUGCACUGUUUGUGAGGACUACGACCUAUGCAUUAAUUGUUACAACACUAAAGGCCAUGAGCACCAAAUGGUGAAGUGGGGCUUGGGUCUAGAUGAUGACAGCAACAGUCAGGGUGCAGAGGCCUCGAAGAGCCCACAAGAGAGCCGUCGUCUGAGCAUCCAGCGCUGCAUCCAGUCCCUGGUCCAUGCCUGUCAAUGCCGCAAUGCAAACUGCUCUUUGCCUUCAUGCCAGAAGAUGAAGAGGGUGGUCCAACACACAAAGGGCUGCAAGCGCAAGACAAAUGGUGGCUGUCCUGUAUGCAAACAGCUCAUUGCUUUGUGUUGUUAUCAUGCCAAGCACUGUCAGGAAAACAAGUGUCCUGUUCCCUUCUGUCUCAACAUCAAGCACAAACUCCGUCAGCAACAGCAUCAGCAGAGGCUCCUGCAGGCUCAAAUGAUGCGCCGCAGAAUGGCAACCAUGGCCGGAAGGGGUAUGCCCCUACCAUCUCCACCUACCUCAGCAGCACCCGACACCCCAAACUCUGUGCAGCAGCCUAAUACUCCCCAAACCCCCCAGCCUAUGCCCAACCAGCCCCAACAACAGCAGCCACCAAACCCUUCCAAUAUUGCCCAAGGAUUCCCCAACAAUGGCCGCAGCAGCCAACCCCCAACACCAGUCCCACAGGGCAAACCAGGACCUCAGUCAUCACCUCUUCAUCAGCAGCAAUCACCUCUGCCUAACAUGCCACACCAACAGCAGCCUCAGCCUCAGAUGCCACAGCAACAACAGCAGCAACAACCACUGCUAGCAGCCCUAAAGGUGGCCAAGCAGAUAGAGAUGGUAGCCAAGGCAAAGCAACAACAACAGCAGCAGCAGCAGCAGAAUUAUGCCAUGAAUGGGAUGCCCAUGAACCACCCACGAAUGAUGGGACCAAUGCAGGGCCAGAUGCAGAUGAUGCAGGGUCCACGGGGCCCCCAGAUGAUUCAGGCUAUGCAGCAGGGCCAGUGGGGUCCAGGGAUGCAGAAUCCCAUGCAGAAUCCCCAGGGUCAUCAACCACAGGUCCCUCCUCAACAAGGCCCCAUGGCCCCUCAGCAGGCUCAGGGAACGCCCAUGCCCCAGCAGGCUCAGCUCAUGCAGAGACCCAUGAUGCCCCAGCAACAGGGUCUCCAAAUGCCUGGGGUCAUGCCUCCCCAGGGGCCUUCACAGCAGGGCAUGACACCACAGCAGCAAAACAUGCCCCGGGGAAUGCCUGGUAACAUCGCUCCGAGUGCCCUGCAGGAAUUACUGCGAACUCUCAAGUCUCCCAGCUCCCCCCAGCAGCAACAGCAGGUUCUUAACAUCCUCAAGUCAAACCCCCAUCUCAUGGCAGCCUUCAUUAAACAGAGGACAGCCCAGUACCAGGCCAACCAGCCCCAGCAGCAGCCCCAGCAGCAGAACCCUCAAGCCAUGUUGGGGUCACAGGCAGGAAUGCAGGCUAUGGCAGCCAUGGCAAACCAGGUGCAGCGGCCAGGGAUGACAGCUCAGCAGCAGCCUCCACAGCAAGCAGGUCCCCAGAGCAUGGCACCUAUGGGCCCCCAAGGCCAGAUGAUGAAUGCUGCUCAAAACGGUAAUUCCCAGCUUUACCGGCGGCAGCAGCUGCUCAGAAUGCAGCAGAUGCAGCAGGCGCAACAGCAACAGCAGCAGCAGCAGGGAGGCAUGCCUCAGGGUCAUGGUCAGUUCGCCCAACAGCAGCCAGGGCCAGCCAGUUACUCCCAGCUUCGUAUGCAGCAGCAAAUGGCUAUGCAAGGAGGUGGGGGGCCCAUGGGCCAGCUCCCUCCCACAUCCCAAAUGGGCCAAAGUGGCAUGGGCAUGGAUGGGCCUCAGAACCUCCUCCAGCAGCGCAUGCUACAGCAACAACAGCAACAGCAGAUGUUGAAACAGCAGAUGGGCUCUCCAGCACAGGCUAACUCAAUGAGUCCUCAACCCCACAUGCUCCAAGGCCAAGCCCAGGGAGGAGCUCAUUUACCUGGCCAGGCAAUGGCCAACACACUAGGAAACCAAGUUCGCUCUCCAGCUCCAGUGCAGUCGCCCCGUCCGCCUUCACAGCAGCCCCCGCAUUCCAGUCCCUCCCCACGGAUACAGCCUCAGCCCUCACCUCAGCACGGCGCCCUCCACUCCAGCUCUCCUCACCCUAGUCUUGGAGGCCCUAUGUCGGGUGCCAUGGACCAGGGACACAUGGGAACACCAGAGCAGAGUGCCAUGCUGUCGCAACUUAACACACCAAAUCGAGGAGGGUUAAGUAAUGACAUGGUAAUGGGGGGUGACACGACGGGAGACACGCUGGAGAAAUUUGUCGAAGGAUUGUAGCAUUUCAUUACAGAAGAAAGGCCUUGUUCUGUUUUCAGCUGAGAUUUUUUUUACUUGCUGAUGUAAAAAGCUUAAAGAAAUACAAACUAAUGAGUCAUGAGGCCUACAGACUGUGAACUUUCCUAAAAACCAAGGGACUGCUUUUUCUUCCAACACAGAGUGAUUUAAUAAUUGCUGUUCAAAAGAAGACAACAAAGACACAGAAUAUAUUUUUGGUUCAAACCAGCCAUGCAAGACUUUGCCCUGGUCUUUGUGUUGUUUUAAUUUGGUUUUCAUUUAUUAUGCUCUGUAUUGACUUUUAUAACAAAACUUCUCAAAACAAAAAAUAUUUCAAUUUAUUAUUCCUUUUUUAUUUUGUACCUUUGCAAAUUAAUAUUGUAUUUGUGUUGAGAAGACUGUAAAAUUAUUUGUCUGGGCAAAUUUUUUGCCAGGUUUCACCUCUUGUUCAGUUUCUCUGUUCUUGGCUAAUUUAUUCUAAUAUGCCAUUUUUCAAAAGGACUGCCUUUGGGAAAGCCUUAAUUACUUUCCUGUUUGCAGAGUCUAUGGGAGAUUAAUGUAUUUGUAUAGAUUUAGGAAUUAUUGCACACACCCAAACACAACAUGCAGGUGUAGAACCUUGCAUUGAAGCUUGUUAAUGUUCACAGGUUCCAGAAUGUUCUUUUUACUGGCCUGGGCCCAGUAUUUGUCUUGCAGAUGUUUAAAAUUGCUUUUGUCUCUCCUUCAGUAUAAAGAAAUCUCAUUAAGUACUGAACUUCUUUUGGCUGUGGUGGGAAAUUAACUUGUUUGACUGCUGAUUUGUAUUCAGAGAGAGUUUUGUGCAUCAUUGUCUCUCUUGCAUUAAACUUGAAUUGAUGAUAAACUGUUCUCUAAUGUAAAUCAUGCAGCUAGACAGUACUGUAAAUAUGCAGAAAAUAAGAAUGAAAUCACUGUACAAACUGGUUCAAAUGGCUCAUUUCGUACUUGCAUACCACAUUGUUAAAUAAACCUGUGUGCCGCAGACAAAUUCAAA